AUGAAGAAGGAGAAGAAGCCGAAGGACGUCAACAUCGAAUUCAUCGGAGGGACUAGCUACAACUAUAGUAACAGCGGUCAGGCGGCAAGCAAUGUGAAGGGCGAUCAGAAGUGGGGCUGGGGGCGCAAAGACCAACAACAACCGCCGCCGGCGGGGACGGGGACGCACCACCAUUCCGCAUUCUCAUCGUCAUUCACCACUGGAUACAACGUGCCACCGCCGUACCCUCCUUACGGUUACCCACCACCAUACCAGUACCACCACCCACUCGGACUCGGUCCUCGGAUGCCGCAGCCCUUGUACGGCUAUGGCGCUGCUCCUGCUUGGCAACAGGACGAAGCGGAGGCGGCGGCGAGGGCGGCGGCGGCGGCGGUGGCGACGGCGAAGGCGGCCGCGGCGGCAGCGCAAAAGCCACCGCCCAAGACUGAAGCGGAGCCAAAGCCAGUCGCAGCAGCAGCAGCAGCUGACCCUCCUCCUACUGCUGCAACUGUAACAUACCAGCAGCAGCCACCUGGAAAGGAGCCGCCGGCGGCGGCGGCGGAUGGGUAUCCGGGUUGUGAUGUUGCUGCAGGCGGCUACCCGCCGCCACUGUAUGGGUACCCUCCUCGACAUGCUGGCGGCGGCUACCACGACAGCGGCGGCUAUCCUGUGCAAGGCUACCCUACACAUCAUGGUCAUGGAGGCGGCUACGGCUACUACGGGUACGGAGCGCCGCCGCAGCACAUGGGCAUGGGCCGCCUAGCAGCCGGAGCUGCUGCUGUUCACGAAGCACACGAAGCGUACCACCGCUACAGACAUGGUGGUUAUGGCCACCAUGGCAAGUUCCAGCAGGGACACCACGGCAAGUACAGCCAUUACUAUGGUCCUCACCACGGUGGGAAGUUCGCUGUCAAUUAA